ACUGAGAAUUCUUCACCGUUCCUCCUAGUUUGAUAGUUUCCAACUUUCCAUCAUCAGUUGUCAAAUCUGCGUCUCUCAAAUCUCGUCCCCAGUUAUGGCUUCCAUCAUCAGAUCCAAAUCGGUUGUUGUGGUACUUCUACUACAAACUUUCUUUUCUCUUCUCUCUACCGCUAUCGCAAUCUCUCCAGGGUCUAAUGAUGGCUACACAAUUCAUGGUCGAGUGAAGAUCCCAAGUAUGAGCAUAAAAGGUUUUGGUCUUCCUGCAAAGAAGUCAAAUGUGAAAGUUAUACUCAAUGGUGGUCAGAAAGUUACUUUUGUGAGGCCUGAUGGAUAUUUUUCAUUCCACAAUGUGCCAGCGGGUACUCAUCUAAUUGAAGUGGCAGCAAUAGGCUAUUUCUUUUCUCCGGUCCGAGUUGAUGUUAGUGCAAGAAACCCUGGCAAGGUUCAGGCAGCAUUAACAGAGAACAGGAGGGGCUUGAGUGAGUUGGUUUUAGAGCCAUUGAGGGAGGAACAAUAUUACGAGAUUAGGGAACCUUUCUCCAUAAUGAAUGUCGUGAAAAGCCCAAUGGGACUGAUGGUUGGAUUUAUGCUGGUGGUUGUGUUCUUGAUGCCCAAAUUAGUGGAGAACAUGGAUCCCGAGGAAAUGAAGCGAGCACAAGAAGAAAUGAGGAAUCAAGGGGUUCCCACUCUUGCAAGCUUGUUGCCAGGAGCUGGUAGGAGCAAUUGAUAGAUGUGACCAUACAGCCUUAAGCAUGAGAUUGGUGAUUUCUUCACUUGUGCAGAGGCUGGGGCAGCCCCAAUAUUGUGGUCAGAGGGCUAUGUUGUAUUUAACUUGCUAAUCGUGUAUAAGAUUAUCAAUUGUUUGUGAUCUAAACUAAUACCUUUUCGCCCGAUUGACAUUAAUUUUACGAUUGAAUUUUGUGAAAAUUUAUGGGGUAGUGGCAAAUUUUCACAC